AUGAUUUCAUCACCCAAACUGAAAAUUAUUUUUGAACAAUUGAAAAAAUUGACUAAGAUUGUUUUGUUUCGUCUAGUUCAAUCUAAUAAUGUUGAAGAAGACAAACUUGGUAUAUAUGCAGCACAAGAAUUUAGCCAAUGGAUUUUAACUGAUCCACCAUCGACACUUCGCUCAGCUGAUCUGUAUUUUUACUAUGAUCAUUCUCUGAUAGGCACAGGAUUGAUUACUACAACAAAUCUUACGCAUCUACGAAUGAUCUUUUAUGGUACAUCCGAUAGCAUAUCAAUUUAUUCUCUCAUUCCUAUAUUUCGUAUGCAUGGUGCACUACGAUAUCUCUGGGUGGCAAUCAAAACAACAGAGCUACUAGAUACAGAUAAUUCCUAUAUAAAUGUGCCAAGUCUUCCACCUAUUGACGAAACUAGCCUUCCCAUAUCAUCAUCAUUAAAAUCAUUCGAUUUACAAAUAGUGAUGACUCGAUGUGACAUUCGUUCAAUUGGUCUUAUUCUUCGUUGUAUGCCUAAUCUUCAUCGAUUUGUUUUUACACUCAUUGUUGACUUUAAUAUUUCACCAUUUAUUAUGGAUUUGACCAAUGGAAAAAAUUGGCAAGAGACUUUGACAACCUAUGUACCUUAUUUGACUAAAUUCGAUUUUUAUAUAUCGUUCAUAACAAGUGGAAUGGCAAUAGAUUUAAAUGAAAUUCUUAAUUCGUUCAGAUGUUUUCUCAAGCUAUAUUAUCAAUGGCAAAUUGGGAUUAAUCGAUGGAAAGUUAGUCCAUACCAUCCAUUUGAACAUAUCAAUUUGCGUACACUUAAUUAUAAUCAUUUGACAGUACGACGUGAAGCUCGUAUACGGACAAUUACAAUUAGUGAUACAUUCGAUAUGCGAUCAACAAACACAUCAAAUCUUCAUGAUCAUUAUUUUCAUUCUAAUCACCAUGAGAUGCGGUUUUUUAUGACAAAAAAGACAACGACACCAAUUAUUCAUUCUUCAAAUAUUCCUCCGUUUCAAAAUGUCAAACACCUCAUAUUCUAUUUAACAUUUCCGAAACCAGCGAUUUUAUUGUUCUUGGAGAAUACCCUAACAUGGCUAACACGAAUUUUAAUGCCGUUUUAUAAAAAUGACGAUGAUUCACAACAAUGUCUUGAUAAUCUUUCAAGUCUUAUUGAUUUAUCUACAGUCGAUGCUGUGGAAUUUGCACCAGACAAAAUUUUAACACGAUUACAUGCUGUUAUACAUGUUUUACUGUAA